UAUCGAAAUCGGACCAAAAGCGAAAGGUGCGAAGGCCUGACCUUUAUUUUGAUUUCUUUCCAGUACGUUACAGCCUUGAAAGUGUCGUGGAGUAGAUAUUAAUUACUAGCAGUAGUUGAAUUUACGCAAAAAAUUUAGGAAAAUGGACAGCGAUGGUUUACCUAUUGUAGGACCAAAUGUCGAUUACACCAAGGUUGGGCCAAUAAACCACAAGAGAACCUUAGCAUUCCUCAAUCAUUUUAUUACUCAUUCUGUUAGAUUCCUGAACAGAUUUUCAUGUGUUUGUGAAGAGAAAUUAGCAGAUUUAUCCAAUAAGAUCCAGAGAAUUGAAAUAAUGAUGAGCAUUUUAGAAGCCAAGUUAGCAUCUAUCCCAGGCCUUGAGGAUGUAACAGUGUCAACACCUGCGCCAAGUCAGCCUGACCAGGAAGCACCCGCUCCUGCUCCUGCUCCAGGCAUGGCUCCUCCUCCAGCUCCUGGUGCACCACAACCAUCAGCAGAAGCAUCCCAUCCACCCACCACAGAAGAACCAGCUCCAGAACCAGAGAAACCAGCAAUGACUGUUUCCAAAGAUCCUAGAUAUGCUAAAUACUUUCAGAUGGUUAAAGUGGGUGUCCCACUGAUGGCAAUUGCACCCAAAAUGCGAGCAGAGGGCCUUGACCCAAGUAUGCUGGAAAAUCCUGAUGCCCCAGCCCCAGAUGGUGGCCCAGCACCAGCCCAGGAGGAUGACUCUGACUCAGAGAUGUCAUCAACAUCUUCCUUUAGCGAUGACGAUUGAUAGAUGGUCAUUGGAUGAAAUGCUUAUGAUCCCUCUGUACUACAGCCUAAAAUGAACCUUCAAACGAUCUUAAUACUUUGAGGGGGAAAAUGUGAAUUGUUUAUUUGCCAAUAGUACUUUCAAGAACCAAAUUAAGAAUUUGUUUUUCAUUGUGAUGGAUGCCAGCUGAAAAAUAUUCUCUUUCUUCCUACCUGACGCAAUACAUCACCAAUCAUGACUUUUUUCUUUGUCUUUUGCUGCAUUUUAUCAUUUCACUUUGUCCUCCGCCUGUUAAAGUCCAUUUGACAAAUAGAUCCCAUGUUUCUGUGAGUCAGUUCAGUAACAGACAAUGUCAAAAUGUGGUAAGGGGCACACAAGGUGCCACUGAGCAUGUCACUAUUGUUCUCAUUUUGGUAUCUUCUGUGAUCUAUUACUGUACAGACAACAACAACAUACCAUCUACAUUUCUUUUACAUGAAGAAAAAGCAACAUGUUUUUAAUGUUGAUAUCUAUUGUGUCUGUCCUCCAACAGAUCAUAAGUAAGAACCAGUCAAAAUUCGAGCAUGAUUCAGCUUAUCAUAUAAAUAUGUACAUUUUUGAUAAAGCCUUCCUUUAUUUGAUUGUGCAAUUACAAAGGUCUUUAGUAUGUUUUCAUUUUUUUUCACAUCUUAUGUUAUAUCUUAUAUACAAGAUAUGAUUUUAAAAAUGUCCUUUACAGAUCUUUGAGGCAAUAGAUAAAGAAUGCAAUGUGCCUGCUUCCAAAAUUACAGUGUUGAAUAAAAUUUCUAAGUUAAAAGUCUACUUGAGUAGAAUUUGUAGAAGCGUAGUGGGUAUUACAUGCAAUUGAUACCCCCUGAAUUCUAUAGUCAUCAUCGUUAGAGUCUUAGUGUAGUUAUUUUACAAACAAAGAUGUAAUUAUUUGUAAAUAUAAAUUGAUGCAAAUUUUUACCAGCAAUAAAGCUUGUCAUGUCGAUGAAGAA